AUGGAGUCCAACCUGCAGGGGUCCUUCCUGCUAAACAGCACCCCACUGGCUCAGUUCUCGGAGAUGAAGGCUCCCGUGUGCCAGUACUCCGUGCAGAACUCCUUCUACAAGCUCAGCCCCCCAGGGCUGGGCCCCCAGCUGGCCGCCGGGACCCCCCAUGGGAUCACGGACAUCCUGAGCAGACCGGUGGCCACACCAAACAGCAGCCUCCUGUCCAGCUACCCCCACGUGGCAGGCUUCAGUGGACUCGGAUCCCAAGGGGUCUACUACAGCCCGCAGGUAGGAAAUUUUUCCAAGCCUGGGAACGAGUACCCCACCCGGACCCGGAACUGCUGGGCGGACACAGGCCCGGACUGGCGCAAUGGGCGGCAGUGCAGCAACACCCCAGACCCUCUGAGUGACAGCGUCCACAAGAAGAAGCACACCCGACCUACCUUUACGGGACACCAGAUCUUUGCCCUGGAGAAAACCUUUGAGCAGACCAAGUACUUGGCUGGCCCCGAGAGGGCGCGGCUGGCAUACUCCCUGGGCAUGACCGAAUCGCAGGUCAAGGUGUGGUUCCAGAACAGGAGGACCAAGUGGCGGAAGAAGAGUGCCCUGGAGCCGUCUUCCUCCACGCCUCGGGCCCAGGGCACCGCAGGGGCGGGCGGGGACCGUGCCGCCUCAGAGACCGAGGACGACGAGUACAACAAGCCGCUGGACCCCGACUCGGACGACGAGAAGAUCCGGCUGCUGCUCCGGAAGCACCGCGCGGCCUUCUCGGUGCUCAGCCUGGGUGCGCACAGCGCGUGA